CACAGUCCCCGUCUUUUUUUUUUUUUUUUUUUAACGCGAGGAAUUAACCGAGAAUUCCGUCCGAGGUCGAGAUCGCCCUUUAGGCAAAGAGGCCGAACGCUAGGAACAGCCAUUGGCGGCAUUCUAGUCCCGCCUUAGCCGGAAGUGUCUCUAUGGUAACAGCAGGCGGAUCGGGUUGGGCCGGAGGGGUUAAGCCAGCGCCUGCCCCGGAGCCGGCUGGCCAUAGUAAAAAUGCUGCUCUGACCGAAUCCUGUUCAAAAGCUGUGAUCAUUGAAGGUGUGGGAUGGCUCUACAUGGCCUCAGCAGGGCCAGAAGCCUAUAGCCUAAACCUCAAAAAAAGAAGCAAGUUCCAGGUGGGCAUUUCACCAGGGCUGUCAGUGCCACCGCUCACAGCAAAGCUCCACAAGAGCAAGUCGUGGUACCUUGCUAAGCAGCAGGUGAAGCCUGUUUGGCAGCUGGAACAAAAUCAUGUGACCACUUCGCAAGACAAAUGCUCAGUCCACUCAGGGAUCUCUUCCCAGCAUCCCCGCCUCUUAUAUCCAGAGUCGUUAUGUAGAGAGGCAGUGCUCCUGAGCCCGCCUACAGCUCAGUCAUAUUCUCUCCCAAACUUCCUUGGGAGCACACUACUUUAUCGACGAUCUUACUUUAGACACAAGCCCUAUCGGAAACUUGAGUCCAUCUGCUUGCAGCCUAGUACCUUGGAGAAGAAACCUCUUCGUGUCCCACCUCCCAUCUAUCGUUCUGUCCUCAAUAACACCAUGUCGUCUUCCACGGUGGAUCCAUUUCUUAUGCCAAGCACAGCUGGGGAGCGUUCCAAUCCAGUGUCAAAGGGUUUUCUCCUCAAUUCAGGGAAGCAAGCCUCCAGUGCAUAUAGACCAGUCCUAAACAAUAACUCUUUCCUGAGGCCAGCUAGUGCAAAAGUGCCUUUGCAGCAGCAGCAGCAGCAGCAGCAACCGCUACCACCAGAAAGUAAGAAGCUGAAAGGAUUGUCAAGACCUCCAGGAUUUUCUUGGACCCAUUCUGGGGGAAAUGGGGAUGGUUGCCCUAUGAAUCUUGAAAAGAAACUUGGAAAAAACAGCAACUCAACUUUUGAGCAAACCUGUGCCAAAUCUCCUCGCUCACCUGUACACAACGGCAUGGUUCUUAAAUCAGAACGAUCACUGUGGCCCCUUGAGGAUGGCGAGACUAGAUCCCAGAAUCUGAAAGAACAAGAUGCACGGUUGACAGAAGCCAUGAGGAAACUAACAGCAAGCGGUAUCCGGAAAGUUAGUACUUACAGUGAGUUUGGUCACCGCAUUGAUAGCUCUUGCCUUAUGAAUGCCAGCUUCCAUGCCAAUCUGUUCAAUCGGUGGAAACCACAUAUUGUAGCCCAGAUAACCCCAAAGGAAGUGCCAGUUCCUAGCUCCCUGAAUUUAGAACCCGGUAGCCGCCAUCACAGCCUUAUAAGCACAGAAGUUGCCGAUGUCUGCACUAAGCGUAUUGACGCACGUUUCCUCACCUCAAAUUCCGAAAUGCCGAACCAUAGCAUCUUGAAUCAAAUGGUCCCAACCCCUGUGAACAUCACAGAACAGGUGAUAACAGCAGAAGUGUCCCCACGAAUGACAAUCUCUGAGGUAGAAACAAAAAUUUCCACUCUUCAGUUAAGCAUGGAAGCAAAGUGGGGGCAGCCUACUACUAUGAAAGAGUCUGAAUCUGUCGUCAAUCUUCCCCUGCUAGAUCAAGCAGAAGUAGAAGAUGUGGAAGAAGAACUUCCGGAUGGCUUGGAAGAUGCUUGCAGUCAGGAUGAGGAAGGAGAAGAGGAAGAUGGGGAAGGUGAAUCAGAUGGUUCCUCAUCAUCCAGUUUAUCUGCCAAUGGUUCUGUUGCUGUCAUAUCUAGGACUUGUGUUGAGGGAUUAGUGCCUCCACUUGAGGGCCAAGAGCGAAUUAUCAAGCCAGCUCUUACACAAAGCCUCUUCCCCAGUGUGUCUUCUACCAUAUAUUUUGGAACCCGGGAUGAGAGAGUGGAGAAGCUUCCUUGGGAACAGAGGAAGAUGCUGCGAUGGAAAAUGAGUACAGUGACUCCAAACAUUGUGAAGCAAACGAUCGCCAGGUCCCAUUUCAAAAUCAGCAGAAGAAAUAAUGACUGGCUGGGCUGCUGGGGCCAUCAUAUGAAGUCACCUGGCUUCAGAAUUGUCAAAGAACACCAGAAGUUGAACCACUUUCCUGGCUCAUUCCAAAUUGGUCGGAAAGACCGUCUGUGGAGAAAUGUGUCCAAAAUGCAAGUGCGCUUUGGGAAAAAGGAGUUCAACUUUCUGCCCCAGUCUUUCAUCCUCCCUCAAGAUAUCAAGCUGCUCAGGAAAGCUUGGGAAGAUUGUGCGGGUCGUCAGAAAUGGAUUGUGAAGCCGCCAGCUUCUGCUAGAGGCAUUGGAAUACAAGUCAUCCAUAAAUGGAGCCAGUUGCCCAAGCGUAGACCAUUACUGGUGCAAAGAUAUAUACAUAAGCCCUACCUCAUUGGUGGAAGUAAGUUUGACCUAAGGAUUUAUGUUUACGUGACCUGCUAUGAUCCCCUACGUGUCUACUUGUUCAAAGAUGGACUUGUUCGUUUUGCCAGCUGCAAGUACUCUUCUUCCAUGAAAAGUCUCAACAACAAGUACAUGCACUUAACAAAUUAUAGCAUCAACAAGAAAAACGUAGAAUACAAGUCUAAUGCAGAUGAAACUGCAUGCCAGGGCCAUAAGUGGGCACUGAAGGCACUUUGGAACUAUUUGACCCAGAAAGGAGUUGAUAGUGAAGCUAUUUGGGAGAAGAUAAAAGAUAUUGUUGUCAAAACCAUCAUUGCGUCAGAGCCCUACAUAAUCAACCUUGUGAAGAUGUAUGUGCGGCGUCCUUAUUGCUGCCAUGAGCUGUUUGGGUUUGAUGUUAUGCUGGAUGAGAACCUUAAGCCAUGGAUCCUGGAAGUCAACAUUUCCCCUAGCCUUCAUUCGAAUUCUCCUCUUGAUGUGAGCAUCAAAGGCCAAAUGGUCCGGGAUGCCCUUAACUUGGCUGGCUUUCAGUUGCCUAAUGCAGAAGAUGUGGCUUCACCUACCGGAAGUGCCAGCAGCUCCACAACCAGCCUGAACACUGUAAUGAAGGAAAAAAACAAGCCGCCUGUGGAGUUGCUGACUGCUGAGAAAGCCAAAAAAGCCUAUUACUUGACCCAAAAACUACCAGAGCAGGAAUUCUGCUCCACAAUCCUGGAUGUCCUGACCCCCGAUGAUGUCCGUGUCUUGAUAGAGACGGAGGAUGAGUAUGCUCGACGUGGGCAGUUUGAGCGAGUCUUCCCCUCACGCUUCUCCAUGCACUAUCUACGCUUCUUUGAGCAGCCGCGAUACUUCAACAUCCUUACUACACAGUGGGAACUGAAAUAUUUCUUGAACAAAUCCAAAGGAGUGGAUCUGCUCAGAAAUUGGUGUCACAAAGGUUUUCACAAUGGAAUAAUAACAGAUUCUACAGUGUUGUGGUCACUGCCAAGACCUCACUUGUAUUUGAAGAAUGAUCUUAUAAAUGCCUUGAGCAAAAUGGACCCAGGCAGAAACAGCAAAGGCCCACGAGAUGGAGAGGAGCCAGUCCGAAACCCUGAGCCAAGUUCUUGCACUCAAAGCUUACCUCAGAUUAAGUACACAGUUGGAACUCUCAAGAAGUGCACCAUAUCUAAUGCCCUGAGCAAUUCAAAUGGGAUAAAGUGAGGUGGAACUGAGCAACAGGCCAACCUCCCCUCCUUCGCAGUGUCAGGAGGGGGUGCAUGUGACCUACCUCAGCAGAAGCUAGGAGAGCCAGUAUUGGAAACACGGGAGAGGACCUCACCUAAGGGUGCACCCGCAGAAAUAUUUUUUGGAAAUGAAAUUGGGACAAAGGAAAUGCUUUACUUGAUCAAAAGGGACAAAAUAUUCUGUUUAUAGUUUUUUAUGACAAAGUAAGUUUCUAAACAUAGAAGCUUGAAAAAACUAUUUAAUUUCUUGUAUUUUCUUGUCAUUGGCAUGUUCCUCAUUACUUGAGCCACAAGUGCCUCUCACUGUUAAAUGUUACCGUGUCAGGUUAGACUGGAUACUACUUGCCUUUGUUUCAACAUAUCCAAUGCCUUGCUACCGUGGGACAAGGUUUGGCAUGCAUAUAAGGGUUCUCUAGCCCCCUGCAAUUAAGAUUAAAGUAAAUUCUUGGUUAUUCAGGCACUGCAGGCAACUAUCUUCAGCAUGUCUUUUGGAACACUAGUAAUGCAGACAAAUGAUAGACUCCUUGGUGCAAAAUCUAGACUUGGAUGUGAAAUCGCUGUGUGAGAUCUCUUUAACUUGAUGAUCUUUGAUCCCAGUAUAUGUUCACAAGGGGUGCAGUAGCCGAGCAGUUAAGAUGCUGGGCUUGGGUUAAGAAGCUCACUUUGUCACGUGGUACUUAGGUCUCAGAAGGUUGGCAGUUUGAGACCUAAGUACCACAUGACAGAGUGAGCUUCCAUUCAUUGUCCCAGCUCCUGCCCACUGAGCAGUUUGAAUUUGAAAGCAUGCAAAUGCAAGCAGACAAAUAGGUACAUUUUGGUGGGAAGGUAACAGCUUUCAGUGUGCCUUUGGUGUAUAGUCAUGCCAGCCACAUGACCACAAAAGUGUCUUCAGACAGUGCUGGCUCUUUGGCUGUGAAUCAGAAAUGAGCACUACCUCCUAGAGUUGGACACGACUGGAGGGGAAAACUUUGCCUUUUAUUUUUUUUUAAUAUGUUCACACUUCUUAAUAUUUUGAUACAGUAACAGGAUUUAGUGUCUGAAAGUAAUGUUCAUAUUUUUCUUAAUCUGCAGAAUAGCAAACCUUGGGAUAGUUUAAUUUAAACAUACAACACAUCCAAAUGCUCCCCCCACCAAAAAAAGGCCACUCAGCUCCAUUCACUUUGUGUUUUUGCCUUCAGUGUCUGCAUCAUGCUUAUGGAUUCUUCAAUAACAGGAUCUCAUUCUAGUUUGGAUUUAGGACCGGAAAUCAGCAUGAAAAUCCUCUUCUCUUCCUUUCUGGUUAAUUCCACAACAUAACAUACACAACACACACACCAUUUUUUUUCUCCCUCAAAGGAGACUUCAUAUGACUUAAAAAUGGGUGCUCAUUUUGAGAUUCUACAUUCUCAAAUCACUACUGUUUCCAAUCAAUAGCAACAUUUCCCUUUUUUACUGCUGCAGAAAUCUUUAAUGGUGAUCACAAGCUGUAAUAUUUCUUUGCUUCCACUUUAAAUCUAAUAUUGGACAGUAGUGUUUUUGUACAUUUUCAUGAUGCAUACAUAGGCCUGGGAUGUAUUGAUUUUCUGAUGGCGUACAAAUGCCUGGAAUAUGUUGAAAUUUGCACUUUUCAGUUUUUUCUGACCUGAUGUUUGGACAUGAAUGAUUUAUACACUGAUCAAUAUGACACUCUAGUCCCUGACACUUAACAUUUCUCCUCUGUGCCGGAACAUUAGUUUGUAAGCUGUUGCUAGAUUCUAUUUGACAUAUCUGAGUCUUGUGGGUGACAUUUGGCACCUUUGAUGCCAAGAGAUUCUUGUGCUAAUCAAAACAGAGAAACCCUUUUAAAAAUUUGACUAGUGUGCAGUAUAUUUAAUGAAGCAAGUUCCACCAUUAUUUUUUCCAGGUAGCAAUAAGAAUAUCCUUGAUCCCAUAUUUUUCUUUAUGCUGAAUGUCUUAUUAAAAAUAUUGGCAAAAGAGGAA